GUUCUGCCCGAGACUGACAUUUGGCCUCAAUGUGAAAUGAAAGUUGAAAGUUGCAUCUCCAUUUGUGUUGCUAUCAUGGUGUUGAUUCACUGGUCAUGCCUGAAGAGGGAAAUUGUGUUAUAGAGAGCUGACUGCUGCGCGGUCACUGCCUGUCCUCCAUGUCCAGCUCCUCUCCUUUCUGCUGGAGUGAAAUCCUCUCCGGAUACCAACAGAACAUCCGCUAUAGAAAAUGCUUUGCGUUUUAAGGAUGUCAGCAACCUAAGUUCAUGUGCCCUGUCUCUACAGUUGUUGUGGAUGGUUUACCAUCUGAAAGCACCUCAAGUUCUUAUCCAGGCCCUGUGUCUGUUUCUGACAUGUCUCUGCUUCAUGCAUUGGGUCCAGUGCAAACCUGGCUGGGACAAGAGCUCGAGAAAUGUGGCAUUGAUGCCAUGAUUUAUUCGCGGUAUAUCCUCAGUCUUCUGCUGCAUGACAGCUAUGACUAUGACCUUCAGGAACAGGAGAAUGACAUCUUGGGCUGGGAGAAAGGAGCUUAUAAGAAAUGGGGAAGGAGUAAGAAGAAGUCUUCAGAUCUAACACUAGAGGAGAUGAAAAAGCAGGCUGCUGUCCAGUGUCUGCGCUCUGCUUCUGAUGAAAGCUCCGGAAUUGAGACUUUAGUAGAGGAACUCUGCUGCAGACUGAAAGACCUACAGAGUGAGCAAGAAGAGAAGAUUCACAAAAAGUUAGAGGGGUCUCCCUCUCCAGAGGCAGAAUUGUCCCCUACAGCAAAGGAUCAAGUGGAAAUGUACUAUGAAGCAUUCCCACCGCUUUCUGAGAAACCGGUUUGCCUGCAAGAGAUCAUGACUGUGUGGAACAAAUCCAAACCCUGUUCUCACUCUAGCUCCUCUUCAUCAUCCACAGCCCCACCAGCAAGCACAGAUACAUCUUCUCCAAAGGACUGUAAUAGUGAGAGUGAAGCCAUCAGAGAAAGAAGCACUGCAGCCUCCAUCCCCAUACAUGAGAAAGCCCAGAGCAGGAGCAGACAUGAGAAGGAGAACAAGUUGAGCAAUGGCACCAUCGAAGAAAAGCCUGCCUUGUACAAAAAGCAGAUCCGACACAAACCCGAAGGGAAGAUUCGCCCUCGCUCAUGGUCAUCUGGUUCUAGUGAAGCAGGCUCAAGUUCAAGUGGUAAUCAGGGAGAAUUAAAAGCAUCCAUGAAGUAUGUUAAAGUCAGACACAAGGCACGAGAAAUUCGAAACAAAAAAGGGCGGAAUGGGCAAAGCAGGCUGUCACUUAAACAUUGUGAGAAGGCAGAGAGAAGUGUCCAUGCAGGUAGCAGCAGCAGCAGCAGUAGCAGUGGGUCCAUCAGGCAGCUGUGCAAGCGGGGUAAAAGACCAGCAAAGGAGACAGGGAGGAGUGACCCCGGUAACACUGCCGUGAAAGACCUAUAUGUGGAGAGCAGAAACAACAAAGAAUACAAGGAAGAGCCACUGUGGUACACGGAACCCAUUGCUGAAUAUUUUGUCCCUUUGAGUAGAAAAAGCAAACUAGAAACCACAUACCGAAACAGGGAAGAUACAAGUGCUCUGACAGCAGAGGCAGUGGAAGACUUGUCUGAAUCUGUGCAUGGUUUGUGUAUCAGCAACAGUAAUAUCCAUAGAACAUACCUCGCAGCAGGUACUUUUAUUGAUGGUCAUUUUGUAGAAAUGCCUGCAGUUAUAAAUGAGGAUAUUGACCUCGCUGGGACCUCAUUAUGUUCUCUACCAGAGGAUAAUAAAUACCUGGAUGAUAUUCAUCUAUCAGAACUAACACACUUCUAUGAAGUGGAUAUUGAUCAAUCCAUGUUGGAUCCUGGUGCCUCAGAAACAAUGCAAGGAGAAAGUCGGAUUUUGAAUAUGAUUCGACAAAAAAGCAAGGAGAAUACAGAUUUUGAGGCAGAAUGUUGCAUAGUGUUAGAUGGUAUGGAGUUGCAAGGGGAACGUGCAAUAUGGACAGAUUCUACCAGCUCAGUGGGUGCUGAGGGCUUCUUUCUGCAAGACCUUGGCAAUCUGGCUCAAUUUUGGGAGUGUUGUUCAUCUAGUUCUGGUGAUGCUGAUGGAGAGAGUUUUGGAGGAGACUCUCCAGUUAGACUUUCUCCUAUCUUGGAUAGCACGAUACUUAGUUCACACGUGCUUGCUGGCAAUCAAGAGCCCUUUUCCAAUAUUAAUGAAGGAUCUGGUAUAAACUCUUGUUUUUCAGUAUUUGAAGUGCAAUGCAGUAAUUCUGUUUUACCAUUUUCUUUUGAAACACUUAACUUGGGAAGUGAACCUACAGAUUCUAGUGCUAAUAUUCUGGGGAAAACACAGUCUAGAUUGCUAAUAUGGACCAAAAAUAGUGCCUUUGAAGAAAACGAACACUGUUCUAAUCUUUCAACAAGAACUUGUAGCCCAUGGUCCCAUUCAGAAGAAGCACGCUCAGACAACGAGACACUAAACAUUCAGUUUGAAGAAUCAACACAGUUUACUGCGGAAGAUAUUAAUUAUGUAGUUCCCAGAGUCUCGUCAGAUUAUGUAGAUGAAGAACUUCUAGAUUUUUUGCAGGAUGAAGCUUGCCAGCAAAACAGUAGAACUUUAGGAGAAAUUCCUACUUUAGUUUUCAAAAAAAGAUCUAAGCUAGAAUCUGUGUGUGGUAUUCAGCUAGAACAAAAGGCAGAAAACAAGAACUUUGAAACUACACAGGCAUGUAGUGAAAGCAGUCCACAUGGAGAUGGCUACAGCUCAGGGGUUAUUAAAGACAUUUGGACAAAGAUGGCAGAUAGGAAUUCUGUGGCUGCAGUAGAAACAGAAAGAACUGGGGAGGAGUUAUUUUCCACAGAUGUAAAUAACUACUGCUGCUGUUUGGACACUGAUGCUAAGAUAGAAGCCCUUCAGGAGCCUAGUAGGGCUGUGCAGAGAUCAGAGUAUCAUCUCUGGGAGGGACAGAAGGAGAACUUGGAAAAAAGAGCAUUUAUCUCUAGUGAACUGUCCAAGGUGGAUGGUGGAGAUUACACCACACCCUCUAAACCUUGGGAUGUGGCCCAAGAUAAAGAGAACACAUUCAUUCUUGGAGGAGUUUAUGGAGAACUCAAAACGUUCAACAGCGAUGGGGAGUGGGCAGUUGUACCACCUGGUCACACAAAAGGGAGUUUGUUACAAUGUGCAGCCUCUGAUGUAGUGACAAUAGCUGGUACAGAUGUCUUUAUGACCCCUGGAAACAGCUUUGCUCCUGGUCACAGGCAGCUCUGGAAGCCCUUUGUGUCAUUUGAACAGAAUGAUAUGCCGAAGAGUGGGGAAAAUGGAUUAAACAAGGGAUUUUCUUUUAUCUUCCAUGAAGACUUGCUAGGAGCCUGCAGUAACUUUCAAGUUGAAGAUCCUGGGCUUGAAUAUUCAUUCUCUUCCUUUGACCUAAGCAAUCCAUUCUCACAAGUUCUCCACGUAGAGUGUUCAUUUGAACCAGAAGGGAUUGCAUCUUUCAGCCCCAGUUUUAAACCGAAAUCAAUCCUUUGCUCUGAUUCAGACAGUGAAGUUUUUCACCCCAGAAUAUGUGGUGUUGACAGGACACAGUACAGGGCUAUACGAAUCUCUCCUCGGACUCACUUUCGCCCAAUUUCUGCAUCUGAACUAUCCCCUGGAGGAGGAAGUGAGUCAGAGUUUGAAUCUGAGAGAGAUGAAGCAAAUAUUCCCAUUCCUUCUCAAAUUGAUGUAUUUGAAGACCCGCAAGCAGAUCUCAAACCUUUAGAAGAAGAUGCAGAGAAGGAAGGCCACUACUAUGGGAAAUUAGAGCUUGAGUCUGGGAAAUUCCUGCCCAGGUUAAAAAAGUCUGGAAUGGAAAAGAGUGCUCAGACAUCACUGGAUUCCCAGGAGGAGGCAACAGGGAUUCUGCCAGUGGGAAAACAAAAUCAGUGUUUGGAAUGUAACUUUAAUGAAUCUCUGGAAAUAAAUUUAGAAAGCUCAGCAGUAAACUGUAAAAUAAUGGCACAAUGUGAAGAGGAAAUCAAUGAUUUUUGCAGUUGCAAAGCAGGUUGUCAGUUCCCUGCUUGUGAAGAUAAUCCAGUGUCUUCAGGACAACUGGAAGAGAUUGGGAAGAAAGAAAAUGAGGAAAGAAGCAAGAUCCCACCUACUACUACCAUAUUCCUUCGCUUUCUAUUUCCUGUACUGAACACUGAUGUGCAAGAAGUGACAAGAGAUCAAGAAAAGCAGAGCUGGUGGGAAAAAGCCUUGUACUCUCCUCUUUUUCCCUCAUCAGAGUGUGAAGGGUCUGUAGCCUCACAUGGAAGUUAUACAAGAAGACAGCUAGCUACUCACCUUUUAAAAGGACCAGGCAUUCCUGAAGGACCUAGUAUCAGAAAUGAAUGUUAUACAAAUGCCAAGGGAGAGAAUGGUAUAGAAGAAUAUCCAGAUGCUAAAGAGACACCCAGUCGUGAAGAGCGUCUGUUAGAUUUUAAUAGGGUGUCUUCUGUUUAUGAAGCAAGAUGUACAGGAGAGAGAGGUUCUGAGGCAAAACCAAAUGGCCUCCACAGGAAGAUGUGUUCCAGCGCCAGCUCUGACACGGGUGACACAGGCUCCGAAGCCGGCGGAGAGUGGGUGGGCCCCAACACAGAGGAGCUCUUCUCCCGAACACAUCUCUGACCCUGCAGAGUAGUACCAGUCAUUGAAAAUGCUGUGAUGGGAAAUUGCCUUCUGUGAGGCUGUUAGUCUAAAUCAGCAACUUAGGUUUCUUCUUCAAUUAACUGAUCCGCAUCAGUGAUUACCUUUCUCUUCUUGCUUAUUUUAGCGUUGAGGACGGCUGUCCUGUUGAAGAUUUGUUUCCAAGCUGUUAAGUUCUUGCUCUCUGAAGUAGACUAGACUGUGCUGUCCAGUGAGGAAUGGGUGUGCAUGUGCUUGUCCUAGCGCGUCCCGCUUCUGCAUCGCAGCUGCAGGCCUUCCUCUGGCGGCAGUGUCGCCAUCACCUUGUCAGCACUGUGGCUACAACCGCCACCGUCCAGAGACUCUAGCUCUGUUCUCUGAGCCAGGAGAUCAGUCCUCCCCUGCAGUGGGUCAGGGCCUUGCUGAAGGAGGAGGGAAGCAUGGUGACUCAUCUGCAGGCUCAUUCAGAAGAUCUCAUGGACAUUGCUGUAGGAACACAAGGGUGUGCUUUAGAGACUUACAGAAUACUGUGCUCUCUCUUAGGAUUCCCCUAAAGUACCAUGGAAGAUACUGUGGCUUGUGACUUUCUUGCUAGCUGAAGAAGCCAAGGAUUUGAGGCAUGGGGUGGAUGGGGUAAGUUCAGUGGAUGCAGUGGGGUUCUCUGAGCUGCCUCUCCAGCACAUAGUUGAGUACCUUACCUGCAAAUUAUUUUCUGGUGACUACAUUGAACUGAAGUCUCCAAAUGAACUUAAAAACAUUUGACAUGCAGUGAGGCCACCUCAUCACCCCAAAGAAAUCUUUGGCUGCUGCAGCUAGCUGCUCUUGUGGCUGUGAUGUAGUAUAGCUUGUAUCUCAUUUUGUGUUUGAGAGAAUGUUCUGGGCAAGUUCUGCUUGUGGUGGGCUGGGGUGGGUAGAGGAAUUUCCCACAUACCUGUGUGAUUGCUGUUCUGAUUAUCGCCUCAUGUGACUUGGUGAAGCAGGCAGAAGGCACACCUCUCAAAGAUGCAGCUAAGGGCACUCAUCACCUCUUUGAGCUCUCUCUUGCAGCACUGCCACAGACACUAAGAGGGCCAAUUGUGCAAAGCCUAAACAUCCAAAAUUAUUUUUCUCUUUUAACCAACUUGUUUUUAAAAACACCUCGUCUGUGACAUGAGUUGAGCAUGUCCAGAAUAUCAGGAAUGGCUGAGAGGUCUGAAGUAGCCAAGCUGGCCUCACCAGUAAGUGGGGCAUUACUGGCCACAUGUGUGGCUGUCCCUGAGGCCUUGCUGGUAGUACUUGAGUUUGUUGCCUGUUUCUCAGGAACACAGGAAAUGCCAUGGAGGCUGUGCAGUCACCGCACUUCUGUGCAUCCUCACCAUGGGGAGCCUGGCUUGCUGGCUGGGGGCAUCUUGCCACCUUAGGGUUUGUUUUCAUACAGCACAUCUUCUGACACUUUAUAGUGACUUGUGUGUGCGUGUGUGCAUGUGGAAGGUUUCAUGUUGCUCUUAUUUAUUUACAGACAUCAGAUAAGUUUUAUGUAUUUCUUUCUUCUGGAGCUUCCUAAAAUUUGAUUAACAUCUGCACUGAAAUAUAGCCUAUCAUCAAAGGUAAAAAGAAUUGAAAGUUGUAAAUUCCCAAAAUCAAUGCAGUCAUAAUUACCCUAGAAAUUGUUGCUCUGACCAAAUGGAUUUCAUACCGUGAACUUGGAUGACCUGGACAGCCAAUGUUUGUCAGGAAAGGGCUCCAGGUAGCAAAGACACCUACCUCCUCAGCUGUGGGGAGAGGCCCCCCACAGGGGAUGCGGUGGUCAUAAAAGGCAAAGGGAUAAAUAGAUUCUGUAUUUGGUUUCUUUUUGUAGUUAAAUGGCUGAAGCUCAGAGGCUUUGGCGCAGAAUUGAAGUGUGGUUUUUAAUUUCGUGAAUGGAUGAUCACAAAAAAAGCAUUAAAAAAAAAGUUGGCAAACGCUGAAACGCACUGUGGUAUGAAGCGCGUUGCAUAUCCGUAGCACUGAAGUAUCAGCUCCAUUCCUGGGCUGAGAUUUUUUUCCGUGGUUGUAUUGUUCUGAUUUCACGUACACCAGAGUAACUGAUUUUUUUUGUUUUGUUUUGUUUUGUUUUCUUGUGGAGUUAACACCAAAUAAAAAAAUUCAAAAAUGUU